AUGGGGGAUCCAAACGCGCACCACUUAAAUCACCACCAUCAUUUAAUCCAGCACCAAAGGGUACUACCACAACACCAACUUGUAGGUGGUCCGGGUGCUCAACAUCUCAUAACGGAUCCCCAAGCACAAGUUACCCUGGCAGCGGCUCCUCCGCCAAUGCAUCCACAACACCAAUUUCAACCGCAACAUUAUAACGUUCUUGAUAGCUUUUGGCAACAACAAGUACAUGAAAUACGACACGGUGUACACGAUUUUAAGGUUCACCAGUUGCCUCUCGCCAGAAUCAAGAAGGUCAUGAAAACCGAUGAGGAGGUUAAGAUGAUCAGUGCAGAAGCUCCUAUUUUAUUCGCAAAAGGUUGCGAUAUUUUUAUAACUGAAUUAACAAUGCGAGCAUGGCUCCAUGCUGAAGAAUGCAAACGAAGAACAUUACAAAGAUCAGAUAUUGCUAAUGCGAUAAAAAAGAUAGACAUGUUUGACUUUUUAAUAGACAUUGUCCCAAGAGAAGAAAAAGUCAACGUAAAGACUGAAAAGCUGGAGUAUCAGGAUCAUCAAAGUCCAUAUGGCUUUGGAAUGGGGUUGGCACAGGGCGGACCUCAAUUCAACACUUCUCAAAAUGUGCCUGUUGAUCAAAAAGUAGUAGUUGAUCCCAUGACCACAUUAAACGAACACCAGCAGCAUCUACAACAUAUGCAAUAUAUGCACCGGAUGGAGCCGCAGCACCAACAAGUAGCAUCCUUCAGGAAUCAUUCUCGUCCGCAGUAUGCGACUGUUUCUGCCGAAGUAACUCCCGGUCCUUCGGCUAGACCAGUCACUGCAGAACAAGUAUACCAACACCAUUAUUAUAAUCAGCAUGUGCAACAACAUUCUUCCGAAUCCCAUCAGCACAAUCUCCAGACACAACAUUUGGACCAUGUGCAACAACGCCAACCUGAUCACCAUCCUGUACAGAUUAAAUAUGAAAGCGAAUCCCCAAUUUUAAGACCCGUUGAUUGGUACUCGCAUUCGCAACAAAGUUAUGUGCAGAGUAACCCACAUGUUGGCGGCCACGCUUACAGUCAACCAAUUAGCGGACAACCGUCCCAUGAGUACCAUCAUGAAAGUAGUGGAAUGAAUCUAACGCGUCACAGUGAGGGAUAUGGUCGGGGCGGUGGUCAACAACGUAAUUGA